AUGGAUUCCACCAUGUCCACCGGAGAGUGGAGUGCCUCUGAGAUCAACAUGGUGAAAUCACUCAUCGCUAGGUUCAAUAGCAACAUUGUCUUAGGUGACAUGAGCAAGAAGCACAGUGACAUUGUCAAUGAGAUCCAGACAAUGUUCCCCAUGAAGGAGAAGCAUCAAGUAAUCCACUUGUAUGUUGAUCUCAUGGUGGAGACGAUGCAAAGCGGCACCGGUGACGGCUCCUACUAUUCCGGGACAACGGGUAGGGAUCUUGUGAACAAUUUUGAAAUUCCUCUGGAGGAUUCCGCCAUGAACAACAUGGGCAUGCUGCUUGGUUAUCCAACAAUGGAGACAGGGGUUAGGAGGGUCGCACAGGAGGUGCUGCGUAGGCAGUCUACUCCUCGGAUGGAGAGGGCACACAACACCAGGUUCUGGACCAAGGCGGAGCACAGGCUAUUCCUUCGUGGUUUGCAAGUAUACGGCCGUGGCAAUUGGAAGAACAUCUCUAGGUACUUCGUCACCACUAGGACACCACUGCAAGUCUCUAGCCAUGCCCAGAAGUACUUUCGAAGGCUGGAGAAUCCUACUCGUAGGCAACGCUAUAGCAUCAACGACGUCGGCCUCUAUGAUACCGAGCCUUUGGCUCAAAAUAAUACCUCCAACUGGGAAGGGUUCAGCUUCGCUGGAGGUGCCUACAACCCAAGCCUCUAUGGUGCUAGUGGCCAGCACGCCACAAUGAACAACCAGGCUCAAGUGCAGUCACACAUCCUUUACCACGCCAACCAAACCAGCACCAGCAACCAAGUAGCCGCUUGGGCUGGUGACCAACAGAUUGGGGCUACUACUUCAUAUGUGGCUCCAGUGAUGGAGGAUGGGGGCUCACAAGCGGCUUGGACUGCUGACCAACUUGGGGAUUUCUUUCAUGACCAAAUGAUGAAUAAUAUGGACAUCUUCUAG